UAGCAUACCAACGAUUCCACGAUAGUCCACAAGAACGUAUGUAUACAUUCAUCCAAAAUGAACUUCCCCACACUACUUGUCCCAUCAGUUCUAGUACUACUCUUUUCCAUAACGGCCUCUCCCGGAAUAUCCCAGCCGACCGGAGCCAGAUGUCCGGCGAUAAACCCGCCACCAAGGCCUAACCCAACCGUCCAGUACAUACGUCCGCGACCCCCGCUCUACCCGCCGGGUCUUAAUCUCAUGCCAACGCGUCCAGCCAAUAACCCUGGCCCCUUAGCUAACCGAAACAGAAUCCUGUUCAUCACCCAAGAGCUCAAACGAAACAUAACCUACGACCCUUUCAGAUAUACACCAACCUGGGUCGGAAACAACUAUUGUCUCUUCAAAGGUUUCUUCUGCGACACAGUACCGGACUUAAACAUCACCGGACUCGCUAGCAUUGACUUUAACGGUGCCAGGUUCGGUGGCAGAUUCCUCAACUUCUACCGAUUCAUUAGAAACUUGCCCGACAUAGCCAUCUUCCACGCAAACUCCAACAACUUCAGCGGGGUCAUCAACAAUGGGUUAAGCCAGUUGCGAUACCUCUACGAGCUCGACCUUAGUAACAACAAGUUUCUCGGUGUUUUCCCCAGGAACGUCCUCGGCGCGAAGAAUUUGACUUUCGUUGACUUGCGGUUCAACACUUAUAACGGAACGCUGUCCAAUGACUUGUUCAACUUCGAUACCGACAUAUUGUUCAUCAACAACAACGGCUUUUCCCAAAGGAUACCUGCAAACUUGGGCAACACCCCAGCGAUUUAUCUAACUCUAGCGGGUAACAAGUUCUCGGGUCCCAUCCCCACAAGCAUAGGUCGAUCUUGGAAUACCUUAAAAGAAGUUCUUCUUUUAAACAACCGGCUUACGGGUUGUCUCCCUUUCGAGAUUGGGUACUUGAACCAGACAACGGUGUUCGAUGCGGGGUCUAAUUUCUUGAGGGGUCCGAUACCACAAUCGUUCGGGUGCAUGAAAUAUUUGCAGUUCUUGAACUUGGCUCAUAACCAGCUCUACGGAGCCAUUCCGGAGUCCUUAUGUAGGUUACCCAAUGCCUAUAACUUUACACUCACUUAUAACUUCUUUACCCAAGUGGGUACUCAGUGCAUGAGAUUGAUACGGGCUGGGAGGCUUCAUGUGGACCGCAACUGCAUAAUGGGCCUGCCCAAUCAAAAACCCGCGGCAGAGUGUAACCGUUUCUUUGCUAGGCCCAGGUCCUGUGCUCGUGAGAGCACCUUCAGCUUUGUUCCUUGCACACUCUCCAACUCCAGGACCUCCUCUUCCAAUAUUGAUGAUAUUGAUGGUCGGCACCUACGAGAGAUCACACCCCCUCCGCCGCCACGGACCUAUGCUGCUCUCGAGAAGGGUCAGAACUGAAAUCCAUCUAUCUAUAUUUUAUUUAAUUAAAUAAUUGUUAUUGUGUUUGUUUUCUUUUUUAAUGAUAUUUGUAUGGUGAGAUCUCUGGCGCUUGGAUCAAGGUUAUUUUGCUGGUUAAUUAGUGUGUGUGGUAUAUAUAGUAGUGCGAGUAAAUUUUAAAUUUCAUGUUUAAAUUAA